AAUUUUCGAUCAGGUAAUGUAUCUUUGAAUAAAUACAGAUUAGGACUGGCUAGUGGGUAGCACGAGUAGAUGCAAUAUCUUUUGUAUACAAAUUACAAGUUUAAAUAGAUAGUGAACUUCUUUAUCCAUGCAGCAGUGUGCAAGAACUGUUGAGUUUUAGUUUGAGCCACUAGGUAAUGUAAGUACUAUAGGGCUGCCACAAGUUUCUAAGGCCAAACUAAGACAUUUUUAGUGCACCAGACACUAUAAAUGUGCCAGUAUGCCCUUAAUCUAUAGGUGAUAGUUCCUGUGUCGCUUUGUAUUUGGGUCUACAUUAUCUUCUUAAAUUCCCAAACCUUUUGUUGGUUAUUGAAAGCAAUCAGGACAUUUUGAACAGGUGACAUACUUCAAAUACCAGCUUAAAUGGCAAUCUUAAUGCAUAAUGGGAGGUUGUCGUUGUUCAUAUCGUAACUGCACAAUAAGAACAGAUGGCACUACACACAUGUUCCACUAUCCCGUGUUUGAUAAAGUCCGCUGCCAUCAAUGGUUGACAAAUGCACAGAAACAUGAAUUUUUGAAUUUAAAAGUUUCUCAACUUAAAAAUAGAGUGAUCUGUCAACACCACUUUAAGAAUGAGUAUUUUAUGAACUUCAAGAAAGACAAGUUGACAUUUGAUGCAGUACCAACUUUAGAUGGGCCUUUUUGUGAUCCUGGUCAGUAUGCAGACACUACCACUUCACAAGAUGAAGCCAAAAUAUAUCCAAUAUCACUUUACGAUAUUGAGACUGAGUAUUUAACACUUUAUGAAAAAAAAGCAAAUUUUUCUGUGAAAUAUGGAGAUUUCUUAACAAAUUGUGAUCUAAUGGAUAUGGGUAGUUUUAACCAUGUCAACAGUAGUAAGACACUUACUUCGCAUAAAGGUAAACACAAAAGAGGAAAGAAAAUUAAAGAAUCCCAUGGUAUAAAUUUAAAUGACAAUGUUAAUAAAUUGCCAGAUUCGACAACAAUAAAUAUAUUACAAAAUAAAUCGUCAAGUAUUAAUGAGGAUACUCAAACACAGUUAGAAGGCCUUAUUCCAGCUGGAUAUUCAUUUAUACAACCAAAUAUCUUAGAAUAUGAUGGAUUAAAUUCUAACCUAAAUAACCAAUGUGAGAAAAAUAGUAAAAACAUCAACAAUGACGAAACAAAAGCUAUUCAAAAAGAUAGUAAUGUUAGUAACCCCAUGAAAAAAGAUCUUCCACGAGAGAGCAGAGUAAAAAUAUUAUCAGAAAAGAAAAUAAGUGAGCCAGUGCCCAUAGCAGGUAAACUUGAGCCAGUCUCACCAUCAUUAAUUUUGCGUUUGCCAGAUAAAAGAAAUAAAAAGAAGACUCCAGAAGAUCUUACUAACACUACAAAGAAAGAUGAAAUAAAAGCGACAUAUACCAAAAUUCUUAACAAUAGCAAUGAAAUGUUAUCAAUAAAAGAAGUUCCUGUUACUAAAAUAAAGGAGAAAGACGAAAACAAGGCAGGAUUUACCAAUAUUUUAAAUAGUAAUACUGAGUAUAUUUCGUCAAGUAAAGAAGUUCCUGCUAUCAAGAUGAAGGAGGAAGGGGAAAACCAUGCAGGUUAUACCAAAAUUUUAUACAAUAAUGCUGAAAAUGUAUCAUCAAGUAAAGAAAUUAUUGUUAUUAACACAAGAAAAAAAGAUGAAAACAAAGGUGAAUUUUCCAACAAUCUAAACAAUAACACUGAGAAUGUAUCAUCAACUAAAGAAGGUACUGUUCCUAACUAUCAACAGCAAUCAAGUAACCACUGUUUGCAAGAAAAUGAGAAAAAUAAUGAAACUAAUGGGAUAUCUUCCAAAAAAUCUCUUUUGAAACCCAAAAUUAAUGAAGUCAGAAUGGCUGCUAUUAAAGAAAAGAGGAAAUUUAACAUGAAACUCAGAGAUAUAAUUGAAUCAUGUCUAGAUAAAAUGGAUGAUCAAGAAAGUGGACAAACAGAAAAUUCAACCAUAAAAAAUGAACAAGUCAGCACAUUCCUCUCUAAAGAUCCUGCAUUGCCUAAUAUGCAAGAUUAUACUCUUGCAUUUUUAGAGGCUAGAAUAAAAAGAAUGGAAGAAGUUUUAUUAAAUAAGAUAGAUCAAAACACCCAAAGAAUUGUAGAAUUGAAAAAUUCAGUUUUAACUUCUGCCAAAAAAUCGGCUUUCACACAAACUACACAUAAUGAGGAUUCACAUAAAAAACAGCUCUACAAAGAAAUAUCAAAGUACUUAAGUCAAAAUGCAAGUUGUUUAAUUUAUGAAGAGCUGUUUUUGAAUAAAUAUGCACAAAGCUCUUCACAAAACUCACCCUCUCCAAAAAGACGUAAACGGAGAUGAUGAAUAUUUUUAUUUAAAAUAAUUAUAGAAUUCUUUUUGUAUAUUAAA